AUGAAGACCUCCAGGACAUGGGCUUGGAGGGUGCCGGCAGAGCUGUUUCUUCUCUGUGCUGCCCUGGGAUCUUUCAGUGUGCCCAGCUCCAGAUGUGAAAGGCCACCCUCUCUUGGGUUAAACGCAGUCAGUGAGAGCCUUGCCAAGACUAGACAGACGCGGAGUGUGGAUGUCACGCCGUUGCCUAUUGAUUGUGAGCUGUCCAGCUGGUCCUCCUGGACCACGUGUGAUCCCUGUCAGAAGAAAAGGUACAGACAUGCCUACUUGAUCCGGCCCUCUCAGUUCCAUGGGGAACCAUGCAGCUUCUCCGACAAGGAAGUUGAAGACUGUGUUUCUAACAGACCAUGCAGAAGUCAAGUGCGAUGUGAAGGCUCUGUGUGUGCGCAGACAGGGAGGUGCAUAAACCGAAGACUUCUUUGCAAUGGGGACAAUGACUGUGGAGACCAGUCAGAUGAGGCGAACUGUAGAAAGAUUUAUAAAAAAUGUCAGCAGGAAAUGGAGCAAUACUGGGCCAUUGGCAGGCUGGCCAGUGGGAUUAAUUUGUUCACAAACAACUUGGAGGGCCCAGUUCUAGAUCACAGGUAUUACGCCGGCGUGUGUUCCCCGCAUUACAUACUCAGCACGAGGUUUCGGAAGCCAUACAACGUGGAAAACUUCAUUCCACAGACCCGAGGCAAAUCUGAAUUUACGUUGACAGAAUAUGAAUCGUACUCAGAUUUCGAACAUAACGUCACAGGGACGGCAAUUAGCAAGUCUAGUUUCAGCUUGGGUUUCAAAAUUCCUGGAAUAUUUGAACUUGGCUAUAGCAGCACGAGUAAUAUUGGACAACAUUUUAUUAGCAGGAUCAAACGAUUCUCUCAUACGAAAAGCAAAUUCCUGCACGCACGCUCUGACCUUGAAGUAGCGCAUUAUAAGCUGAAACCUAGAAACCUCAUGCUGCAUCACGAGUUCCUUCAGCGAGUCAAGCGGCUGCCCUUGGAAUACAGCUACGGGGAGUACAGAGAUCUCUUCCGUGAUUUUGGAACCCACUACAUCACAGAGGCCGUGCUUGGGGGCAUUUAUGAAUACACACUCAUCAUGAACAAGGAGGCGAUGGAGAGAGGAGAUUACUCUCUUAAGGACAUCCAUGACUGUGCUAAACAUGAUUUUAAAAUCGGCGCUGCCAUAAAAGCAGUCUACGUGAAGCUGGGUGUGUCGGAGGCGACAUGCAAUAACAUUCUCAAUGAGAUAAAAGACAGAAACAAGACAGACAGCAUGGUGGAAGACUUGGUGGUCCUUGUACGAGGGGGAGCGAGUGAGUAUGUCACUGCCCUGGCAUACAGAGAGCUGCCAACAGCGGACCUGAUGCAGGAAUGGGGAGAUGCAGUGCAGUACAAUCCGGACAUCAUCAAAGUUAAGGUAAUGCCUCUGUAUGAACUGGUGACAGCCACGGACUUCGCCUACUCCAGCACAGUGAAGCAGAACAUGAUGAAGGCUCUGGAGGAGUUUCAGAAGGAAGUCAGCUCCUGCCAGUGUGCUCCCUGCCAGGGGAACGGAGUCCCUGUCCUGAAAGGAACACGCUGUGACUGCAUCUGUCCCGCUGGAUUCCAAGGCUCAGCCUGUGAGGUCACACAUCGGAAAAAUGUCCCCAUCGAUGGGAAGUGGAAUUGCUGGUCAAACUGGUCUCCGUGUUCUGGAGGACAUAAAACAAGACAAAGGCAGUGCACCAAUCCACGUCCUGGAAAUGGGGGCAACCCCUGCUUGGGCCCUGCUUCAGAAACACUUAACUGUUAA